CGGGAAAAUACUUGAGAAUAUGACGAAAAUUUGGGCAAAAUUGUCAGAAAUGUAUUAAAUUCAGCUUAUUUUAUUAUACAAUUCUUUAUCCAAAUUCGGGCAAACUUUCCAGUGGUGAGGACAUAAACAGUGAUCAACGGCAUCAACCCCCCGACGAUAUUGUGCCAUCAAUAUUUCAAUAUGUCCGUAUCUUAUACUCACUGUAGAUUCAUAUGGCUGAAAAUCCUAACAAACUCGGAGGAUAUAAGAUUGAAUUCGUGAAACAAUUGGAUGCAAGGCUAACAUGUCCAAAAUGUAAAUUUGUGCUGCGAAGUCCAUUUCAGACUACAUGUGGCCAUCGCUACUGCGAAGACUGCAUUAAAAAUAUCAUCGAUAAGUAAGUAAUCAAUAUUCUGUCGCACUUUCUUGUGCCAUCCUUGCAAAUUGCGACUGUUGGGUUCAGGUAAGUUAUAAUAUAUUCAGACACAAACACUACAGAAAGUAUACACUAAUUAUAUAUUCAAUUCAGUUUUCUGUGUUCAUGGAUUGUUAUAAUUUCCGUAUACUGUUGAGCGUUGUGAUUAAAGUGCUAAUAGUAAUACCUUAUUUUUAGGUUUAGAAUGAAAUUUUCCUAACCAUUCUUGUUCUUUUGUAAUAAAUGCCUCUCCUCCUACAAUACUUACUUCAAUAAUUUCUACAACUAAUUCCAAAGCUCGGUCUUGGUCUUGAAAUUUAAACGAUGGAAAAAACACAUUUGCAUUCAAAUAUAAGCAAUUUAAGCCGUCAGCGAAUUUAUGUUGCUGUGCGUUGCGCUGGGAUCACGAUACUAACAUAUAUUUAUGUACCGUAUGUAAGUUGCAAUCAGUGGUGACGUAAUGUUCAGUAGAAUUGGAGCUUUUACAUCUAACAUGGCGUAGCCACCCAACAGAAAACCGAAAUUGUUCAGUACUAAAAGCGUUCUCGAAACUUAAUUUAAAUAGUAAUAAAGUAAAGGAAUCUACAGGUAAGAAUAUUACGUAACAAAAAAACUGUGCGCGAUCGAUACAAUAAGACAAAAGACAAUUUCAGUAACUUUACAGUAACGCCAUUUAAUACUCUUCACAUAAAAUUGGUUAGGAAACGUUUUUGCUUUCAGUUCAUAGGAAAAAAUAUUCAAUAUCGGGGUAAGGUAAUACUGUGCGUUCUACUUUGGCCUACAACCUUUGUCUUUGAUUAAUUAUUUAUCUUGAUCAGAGCCGUCGCUUGCGAGUUUCUUGCAUAAUAGUAUACGUUAGGCUGCGAAGGAGACUGGCUGCUUGUGUAUUUUGAUAUUCAACCAAAACGCUUGUAUAAAACAAAACGAAAUAGUUCCGUUGGAAAUGAAAUUCAGUCAGCCUAAAUUUGCCAGGGUGCAGUAACACGCAGUGUUUACAUUUGAAUUCAUCAAAGCGGAACAAAAAUUUAGCUUAGUUUUCCCACUCAGUCUUAGUUCUAAAAUCUACACGUUUGAGAAAUUUCCUGGAAAUAAAAUUAUCUCGCUGAAAAGAUACCGUACACAGAGCAUACUGCGACAUAUUCCUACAUUUCUAGAAUGGAAACGCUAGAAUCUAGAUGUUUCUAAUAUCACGCUCGAACCGAUUUUGGCAGCUGGACUAAAUAUGGUAAUUUGACCCCAGAAGUGCUUACGUAAUGCAAUAUGGGCCGAGGCUGGUCCAUUUAGUGUUCCGAAAACUAAUAAUGGUCACAUGACUCUUCUGACGGUUACGCGGAGGCUGCUCCAUUUACUGUUCGGAGUACUCCGGAUUUUCGGAACACUAAUUAAAUCGAACAAAUAAUGGUCACAUGACUGUUCUGACGGUCACAUGACUGCUCAGAGCAGUCAUGUGACCGUUUUCGGUUCGAUUCAAUCAGUGUUCCGAAAAUCCGGUGUACUCCGAACAGCCUCGGGUAUACAUGCGGGUUAAAUAUUCGUUGUCUGACAGUGACCUAAGGACUUCUAUAAGGUCAAUUAAUACUACAAUUGGUGUCACGUGGUGUCACAAGAAAAUAUAUUUUCUUGAUUAAAUUAAGACGAUUGUCGUCUGGGAGGAAACCGCAGUACAUGCAGAAACCAACAAUAUUCCGCAGAGAGUUGACUAACAUCUUUCUCAUGAAUAUUUUGGGUGCUCAGUGAUAAUGGAACCCAUCAUCUCAGACUCUCAGUUAUGUCUGUGAGCGGGCUACAUCUAGAGAUGAAAUGCGGUUGCUCUGAGGUGGGAAAGCCUCUCACAAGGGAAAGUACCUCAAACUUUAUCAGCAAAACUCAGGAUAAGCAUAGUAACAGGGGCCGGUUGUACAAAGGCCAGAUAGCGCUAUCCACCGGAUAGUGAUGUUUCCAACCUUUGUAAAAUGUUCGAAAAAGAAGUAUAAAAAACAUUUAACUUAUAAAUACUAAAGUUUAAUACGAGUUAUACCAACCAACGAUCUGAUUUAACAAAGCUUGAAAAAAUCACUAUCCGGUGGAUAGCGCUAUCCGGCCUUCGUACAACCAUUAACAAUAGAAGAAACCAUUAGCAUUACAAUAAACCUUGUUAUCUAUGUUUUUGUUCAAGUUUAUGCAAAAAUGUAGUCUUUCAUCGUCGCGUGCGUAUUGUAUUUUUGCCCAACCAGCCAAUAGCAACGGUGUUGUUCAGUUGCCCAUUCAUGACUUUAACAAUAGGUCAUUUUGAGCAUCCCCAUUGGUUGACUUGGGAAAAAUACAAUACGCACGUGACGAUGAAAGACCACAUUUUUGCAUAAACCUGAACAACAUAGAUAAUGAGGUUUAUUGUGAUUUUAUGGAAAGGCUAAUGAGUUUCCAAACCAUCUCCUCUAUUAACCAUGGUACAACCGGCUCCUGUAGUUGAAGUGUAUACAGUACAAUACAAUUAUGUAAUAUUCAAUCGAGUGAGAUGCCAACAAAAUCUUGAUAUUUACAUAGUAUACUAUAUAGUUUCGUACUAGACAUAACGUGUCAUACUUAAAAUAUCCCAUAUAUAUUGUCUAGUGGCGACAAAAAAUGUCCCGAAGAUAACACUGAACUGUCUCAUGAACAAAUUUUUCGAGAUGGCUUUUGUAAUCGGGAAAUCUUGGAGCUGCCAUGCUUCUGCACAAAUAAAAAUCUUGGUUGUGAAUGGACUGGCCUGUUGAGAGCUAUCGAGGUAUUGUUUCUUUUUACACUUUUUGUCAGGCUAUUUCUAGGUUUUUCUAAAAGUUAACGGCCUGAUUUAUUCAGUGAGUAAUAAUGACAUCACUGUAGUGUUAGUAUUUUAAUUUAUCUGAUGAAUUGUCCAAGAUUGUGAGUGGGUCGAGUAAGACGGAAUAAGUUUCUUUUUCAAACUUUAGGAGCAUUAUAAAGACUGCCUGUUUGUAAAACUGACUUGUCUAAAUGAGGGAUGCGACAUUGAAAUGCUCAGACGAGGUCUUGAAGAACAUAUGAAGAAGGAAUGCACGUUCAAGAAGAUACCUUGUGAAUACUGUGGCUCAGAGCAAUCACAACCACUGAUGGAGGUUUGUUUCGGAACUUAUUUCAAUCCAUUAGCCUCACAAAUGAACACUCCCACAAACUAUCACUCACACAACCCCCUCUCCCACACCAAAAGAACCAGACACAUAAACACCCCCACAGACUAAACACCCCCAUAAACAUCUCCCACACAAAUGAGCACGUGCAGACCAACCACAACCCUCCCACAAACGAACCCCCACAACUACAAACCAUCACCCUCCCCCCCCCCCUCCACAAGCCAUCACCCCACAAACGAAAACCCUCCUAAUGGUACUAUUACACUACAACUUUAAUCAACUUUUUAUGAACUAGGAACAUUGUAACACCACUUGCACAAAAUUUCCUCUGAAAUGUCCGAAAGGAUGCGGAAACAAGGUGCCUCGUUCGGAAAUGGAAAAUCACUUGGCACGCGAUUGUCCUAAGGCAGAAUCUGCUUGUCCUUUGGUGGGGCAGUGCGAUUUUCAGGUAGGAAAUGCCAGGAAAUUUCUAUUAUUGUACAAGGAUCCUCAAUACGGACAAUUCCAGUGUGCCAACAAAAUUCUCAACAUUUUGUUUAAAAAAAACUUUAAACGGACUCUCCAAUGCAGACACCUCUGGAACACGGUACCGCGUUAUUAGGACCUCCAUAACGGACACAUUUCUCUGUCCUAUCGACUGGUACCGAUGUGACUCGUGCAGCUUCGUUUUGUAAAAUACUGAGUCAGUUCCCUCGAACAUUUCUUACAAAUCCUUCAAAACUUAGAAUUUACCAAUGCAAAAUUCCUACUGUGAACACAGACUUUGAUAGCCUUAACAAGUAUUUCUUUGUUAAGGGUUCAAGAGCAGAUAUUAAAAAGCACAUGGCAGAAAAACAGGUAGAACACGCGGCUAUGGUAACCGAUAGAAUGUCAUCCAUGGAGACCAACCUCGGACAGAUUCAGAAUUCAAUUCAACACCACCAAGAAGCUGUGGACAACGAAACGAAAAACUAUAGUGAAGAAUUGGCAUCGUUACGUGACGACGUUGCCACUUUGCGUGCUGUAGUUGAUCGUUCCCAGAAUAGAUCGCACGAAGUAGAAGAGAGCGCACGACCAUUGCCCGCGGGAGAGCCGCAAGGCGCGGGAAAACCUGAUGCCGACGAGAUGAAGGAUGUCAAAACGCGUUUGCAAAGGCUGGAAGAUCAAGUGAAACAAAUUCUAGUGAGAGAAAGACAAGCACUUGGUCGUGGACAGGUGGGAGAGCCACGGAUUUCAAAAUUCGACUUGAUAGCGUAGUUCACUGUUUGGACAAGGUUGGGGUUAGGCUUAGCGUAAAAAUCCGUGGGUUUCAAUCAUGUGAUAUUUUAGUAUAAUUUCACUAAUUUCAAUUUUAAUUAUAAAUUUCAAUUUAUAAUUUCAAGUGAGGGUCGAUCAUUGAACUGAGGUCAACUGAAACAACGAAAAAACAAAAUGGCUGUCAACGCAUCUUAUGUAAAUGAGUCGUCCCGGCCUUUACCGUCUGUGACGUCAUAUGAAACCGUUAAUAGCUGUAUAUUUAAAUUAAAUUGUCCACAUAUUCAAACUUUUUCCAGAUUGGUGGCCAGACAGGUGACAAUGCAAACGAAACCGUCUCUGAACUUGAGAGAAGGGUUGCUGCCAUGGAACACCAGACCACACUGAGUGAAGUGGAGAUGGCAGACCAUGAUUUGAAGAUUGGCAUGUUGGAGACAACCUCCUAUGAUGGAAUAUUCUUUUGGAAGAUUGAUGACUUUGGAAGACGAUUACAAGAUGCUGUUGCCGGAAGAUGUUUGUCCAUCUACAGUCCACAAUUCUAUGUUGGUCGUUAUGGAUACAAGGUAAUAACAAGUUAACAACAAUAAUACGGACACCCUUCCAAUACAGGCAUCUUUCUAUUACGGGUACCUCUCUAAUACAGGCACCUCUCAAAUACAGGCAUCUCUCUAUUACGGAGACCUCUCUAGUACGGAAACUAGCUUUUCACUAGGGGCACCUCCCUAAUACAGGCACCUUUCAUAUAUGGGCUAUGUCUCUAAUACGGACACCCUUCCAAUACUGGCAUCUCUCUAGUACGGACAACUGUGACCCUGCACUGUAUUAGAGAGGUCAGACUGUACUAUAUCAGCAGAGUGUUCAAAUGCAUUAUUUGAUUUAGGUGUGUUGCCGCGUGUAUUUGAACGGUGAUGGUAUGGGCAAAGGCACGCAUUUGUCCUUAUUCUUCGUUGUGAUGCGUGGUGCUUAUGAUGCCUUGCUACCCUGGCCAUUUCAACAGAAAGUUUCAUUUAAGUUGAUCGAUCAAACUGGAGAUCAGCACAUCAUUGAUAGCUUCAGACCAGAUCCAAACAGCUCGAGUUUCCAAAGGCCCACAAGCAACAUGAAUAUCGCGAGUGGAUGUCCGCUGUUUGUGCCAAAAUCAGUACUACAUUCUCGAGGAUAUAUUAGAGAUGAGAAGGUAUUCUUUAAAAUUACCGUCGACCCCACAGGACUGCCAAUUCAUUAGCUCACACAAAUGUAGGUGUUUGGUAAUUGGCAUUGUAUACAACCUGUGAUAGCUUGACCAACGAAAAACGAGUGAUUUUGAUAAUAUCGAUUAAUUAACAUAUAAUAAUCGCUAGAUUUUCAUUUCUUGGCAUUAUUAGCAUACGCUUUUACUCCGGCCAACAGCUGACCAACUUACUCAUGUAAGGGGCCCGACAAUCUCACUCAGUCUCAGGCUAGCAUUUGGCUAUAUUGUUGACCCUGGUUGAUUUAUGUAUAGACUAGGACUCUUCUUAGUACUAAGCGGCUAAUACGUAAAUGCCUAAAGCCAAAAAUAAAAGUAUAUAUGUCAGCAAUCAGCGCAAGUGUAGAGGCCCGGGACAAACUAUAACUUUGGCCCCCUUGUCAUUUCCAUAAUAUAGUACUAUGGUACCACCGUACCACGUUUGUCCCCCUCCCCCCUCCUCUGGCAUUAGUCGCCGGAGUAAAAGCGUCCCACGUUCCUACGACUUUGCUAGAGUAGAAACGGUGUUCUGGCAUUAAAACGGUCUGGUUAAAAGCCUUGGUAGAAUCGGCAGACAUUAGCUAUGGAAACGUUGUUUGGCUUUAGACACAGUGCAUGUGUUGCAAAUUUGAAUUUAUGUUUUUGUUUGCGGAAACCUAGCCUGCGCGCAGACUAUAUAAACCACGACGACCAAAACUUUCGGGGGGUAGCGGAAGUGAAAACCCUGAGUCUCGGGUUGCACGACGACGUGCAUUUAAAAUAUUGUAUUGUCACCAUGCAAACAUUCGAACGACUUAUUUGUUGCAAAAUAAUGAUAAAACAAAGUGAAAGACAGUUUAAAGUCACGGCACUUGGUGAUACAUUUUCUGUAGAGUUAGUGAAUAGGGUAUGCGGCAAGAGCAUGCAGUUUAAUUAUCUACAGGGUGUAUAAAAAAAAAACUGAACAGAUUUGAAAUUGCUCUCAAUUUCGCAAAACACCUAUUUGUAUCCGUUUUUUUAUAUAUAUAGCUUCUUUGGGUACUUAUAAUGUAGAAUAAUGAAAAAAAUUACUCGAACUCAAAUUUUGUGAACCAGGGGUGUGUGUUUUUUCCAACAAACUAAAAAUGGCUCGCGCACAAAAUUUAAAAGCUGUGAUCAUAUUCUGAGUUAAUAGAUGGAACAUUUGUCGGGUUUUUAAUUACUGUACAAAAUUUCAGACAAUUUGGUUUAGUUUAAGUCCUUUAACUAUUCAUUUUGUUCUAAAAAGUCCGCCUUUCGUAUGCUUAAUUAAAGCCUUUACCUAAUUUGCAUACUGCUGACAUAUGCAAAUUAGGCAAAUGCAUUAAUUAAGCAUGCAAAUAGCUGAUUUUUAGGAAAAAUGUAAAUUUGCGUGAAUAGUUAAGGGGCUUAAACUAAACCAAAUUAUCUGAAAUUUUGUACAGUAAUUAAAAACCCGAGAAAUUUUCCAUCUGUUAACUCAAAAUAAUAUUGCAGCUUUUAAAUAUUGUGCGCGAGCCAUCUUUAGUUUGUUGGAAAAGACACCCCCCCCCCCCUGGUUCAGAAAUUUUUCUCAUUAUUCUACAUUAUAAGUACCCAAAGAGGCUAUAUAUAUAAAAAACCGGAUACAAAUAGGUGUUUUGCGAAAUUGAGAGCAAUUUUCAAUCUAUUCAGUUUUUUUUUAUACACCCUGUAUAUACGAUUGUAAAUUACUCUAAAAAAUAUAUUAAUAACGUUAAUAUUAACUCGAAUAAAAAACAUUACUUAAUUAAUAGUUAAUUACUUUACAUUUGUUAUUGUAUCUGAUGUUGAUUAUAUCUGAUUAAAAUAAAAAUAUAAAAUUGCCUCCAUUAUUGCAAAAACGUUAAUAGUCUAUCUAGCAUGAGCCGGAUGUAUGUGCGCAUUAGCACUGUAUACGAUACGAAAUGUGCUACGCACUGGUUGCUUUUUUAAUGAACUCCCCAAAAAUUAUUUUGCAGAAAAUAUUUUCUCGUUUGCAGCCUUUUAGUUUUAAAUUAAUUAUAACUGGUAUAAAGUCUUGACAGCAGGGAGUGAAUUUCCUGACAGACUCAACUUCAGAACGUUAUAUUGAGUUUUUUUCAUCAUUUAGAAGAAACUCGGCGAGCAUUGUGAUAAGAUUUGAGCAGUCGUUGCGAGCUCACUUUUACGAAUAGAAUUUUUUGUAUAAGUUAAAAGCAACUGGUCAACGUUGAAAACUUCUCCGAUACAUUGCAAGCCACAACACCAACCACCAAACUUGAUUCAAACACACAACUCGAAUCACACAACAGUUCAGUCAUAUUUUGCGCGAAUUCCUGCGAGUUUUCAGUCUUCAAAAUCUAAAACGUUUAAAACUGCAGCUUUUGACCAAAGUUAAGGGAGCACGAAUACAGCGCGCAAAAAUCGUGGUUGACAAUUUAUAGUUAACUAUACGAAAUUUUACGAAGGAAUUCGCGCAACAUAUGGGAUACCUGUGCAUGAUCUUCCAAUCGCCAAUAAAGAUGGUAACCACAGAUUUCAGUUGAC